UCGGCUCUGCGUUUCCCCUUCACUCUGUCACUAGACAGCCCAAUGGAGUCUGCUGCGGUUGAACCAAGACCCACUGGGGUCAGCAGCCUCCUGGGUGUCCCAGGGCUCAUCACCUGGGACGGGGAUGAGGCAAACGACGCGGAGGUGAUCGGUGGCAUCAGGCCCAGGUCCUCCCCUCUCCCACGGAGAAGGAGCGCCAAUGACUUAAAGGACUGUGAGCUCGAGCUGACACCGUCAAGCUCCAGGAGGGUGUCCUUUGCGGACGCCCUUGGCCAAAACCUGGUGAACGUGAAAGAGUUUGACUCGUGGGACAUAACCAUCCCACUGAAUUUCGACGCGCUUGAGGGAGUGAAAGAGGUAGAGGAAUAUUACUUGUCCUCCUUAUACACUCCUCCACCGUCCGAAGAAGCAAUGGUCCUGAGGGUUCAUGAGCAGAAGCUAGUGCUGGCGAGCAUUGAGUUACUCCACGGGACUACGAUACUGAGGGGGGUGGUCCGCGUUCUCAAUGUCUCAUUUGAUAAGAUGGUGUACAUCCGCACCUCUCUGGAUGCCUGGGCCACGCACUUUGACCUGCUGGCAGAGUAUAUACCAGGGUCCAGCGAUGGAGACACUGACUGCUUCUCAUUCAAGCUCACCCUGGUGCCCCCAUUCGGGGAAAAGGGGGCCAGAGUGGACUUCUGUCUCCGGUACGAGACCCCUGUUGGGACUUUCUGGGACAACAAUAGUGACCGGAACUAUGUGAUGUUUUGUCAUCAGAAAGUCAAAGAGCUGAAAGAUAAACCACAAAAAUACAAAAACGGGCGUAGGAAAAGCAUCCUGAAAGCCAACAUUCAUGAGUUUCCCUGUGACGAAAACUGGUCAUCAACCAGUUGUGAAUCUUCAGAUGUAAACAAACAUGGAGGAGAGAUGACUAGUGUAAACACCUCUGAGUCUCAGUCAGGAGCACUCCAAGAUGAUCAUCAGAAAUUACUGAUUGAGAGCAGCUGGAACUCCAGCCGGAGAAACCGACAAAACGAGACACGAUUGGCGAAGGUGCAGGACUACUUCACCCAGAGAGAGGAUGAGACCCAAGAGAAAGAAAAAGGAGCCGUGGAACCAUCACAGUCCCCACAGGAAAGCACAUUCCCACAGGAAAACCCUUCAAAUGGGCCUGAGGUACAACCACUGCCACCACAGCGCGGGAAAAGGUUUGGGCUGCAGGCGACUUCAGAUUCUCUGGCUACGUGCAACAAAUUGUCUCCUGGUCUCAAGGACAGCACGUCUUUGGAGGAGUCAGUGAAAUCUGAGAACAUAGACUCAAUGGUCAGCUCAGCCCCAUCCGAGCUGGGAGGGGAACAGUCAGCACCGAUCCCCAGCAACAAGUCAGAUUUAACUGCUCAAGCCGCUGCUCUGAGCCAAAAUGGUGAUACGUCUGUUUCCAAAGUGGAGGGAAGUGCUCUGAUGCAGAUAGAAACGAAGAAGAGUGGAUCUGUCAUCAGCACAGAAGGAACACAUUCAGAUAACACUGUCAAGUUGGAGAACAGCACAGCAGGCUCAGUCCCAGGCAGCCAGACCAAUAGCUUUACGUUUGGAAAUGUUGUGGCCCCACUAUACUGUCAGGUAUUUGGUAGAGUGGCAAGUGAGAGCCAGAGCUCAACUGAUAGCGGGAAUCGAAUAAGGAGGAGAUUGCAUGAAAGGGAUUCAACAGCCUGUACAGCCCAGAGUUACGUAGAAACUCACUCCUGUGUUUCAGUUGAUACCCAGGGGACACCUGAAGAAAAGCCUGUAGAUCAACAGCAAUCUUUUGAAUCAAACCUAGAACAUUUCAUCUCUGAAUUAAGUGCAGAAAAAGAGUCUGAACCUGAACCUCUGUCAGAAGAGGCAGGAGGUUUACCCAGGACUCACACUGCCCUGAACACUGCUGCUGCUCUCAGGGCACUAAUCCCCAAUGAGAACUCAGGCCUCCAGGGGCCUCCCCAGUCCCACAUCCACCAGGACAACACGUUUUUCCAGACACAAACCCCAUUACCAAACACAACACUUUCACAAACUCCACCAGACACAACACUUUCACAAACUCCACCAGACCCAACACAAACUCUGAUAGACACAACACAAGGCAGUCUCUUACAGUCACAAACUGAAAUGGGGUCAAAACAUGUCUCUGCUGAGAUGACUCUGCAGGGGGCCAGUGGUGGAUAUGAGAGACCUGAUGAAUCAGAGGAAAUGGAGAACCCUUCCUCAGCCAACACUGAUAAAUGGUCAACAUGCACAUUCACAGAAUUAGCAGACAUGCCUAUAGCCAUGCUAGAGACUGUGCGUGCUGACCUAAAGGUGUUCAGCUCAACAACAGAGUUGAAGGAAAAGAUCACCACUGAGCACCACAUCUUUGCUGUGACCUGUACGGACACACUGAAGGAAGAAACCAGUGGGACAAUGUUAAAAGAUGCUCCCAUUGUCAUUAAGGAAUGGACAUCAUUGGAGAAGUUGAUGAUGAGAAAACAAACAGAUCAAGUGAAGGAUGAACUAUCAUUUGAAGUGUCAAACACCUUAUGUAAUGAAGAAAACAGGCAUUCUAUUGACAAUGAGGAUUAUAGUGAGGGAGAUGGAGAGAUGACAACCUAUGUGAGGGAUGAUUAUGAUAAAUACACUGACAAGGUCCCAAAGUCCAAAGAAGAAGAUAUUCAUAAGGAAGAUGAACCGGUAAUUAAGAAAAAUAAGGAGGAUUUAGUUCCUUCAGAGAAUGAGAACGAUGCUAGUGAUGGACAACCAUUGCUAAAGAAUAAUAUAUUAGAAAAAGACUGGGAGGGGACUGUGGAAGAGGAAGAGGAGGAGAUGAUAGGGAAAUAUGUGGAGGAGGGUGAAUGGGAAGAAGAGAAGGUAGUUGUGGGAGAGGAGAAGAUGAUGGCUGGGGAAAAGGAAUUGGAAGAGAUAGGGGAGGUGGAGGAAACAGAGGAGGAAGAGGAGAUGAUGGCUGGGGGAAAUGAAUUGGAGAAGAUAGGGGAGGAGGAGGAAACAGAGGAGGAAGUGGGAAAGGAGGUGACCAAGGAGGAGUUGGUAGUAAAAGAGGUGGAUAAGGACAAAGAAGAAAUUAUGUUAUGGGAAAAGAUAAAAGGAAGGGUGGAGGAAGAGAAGGAGAUGGUGAAAGGAGAGGAGGAAAUAGAGAAAGAAAUGGAGGAUGAGAUGGUUGUUGAAGAAGAGCUGGAGGAAUUAGAGGAGGAGGAUGUGAAAUGGAUAGAGUGGGAGAAGGAGGAGAUGGUAGAGGAAGAGAAGGAGGAGGAAGCAGAGAAAGACAAAGUAGACAUAGAAUUACUAGAUGAUCAAAAUGAAUUGGUAGAUGAGUUAUGCAUGCCAAUGGGCAAUACUUGUGAGGGUAAGGGUAAAGGGGGUGAGAGCAGAAAUGUAAAUGUCACAGAAAGAUCAGGCCCAGAAGAAAAUACAUUCAAGACGGAUGAAGUGUCAAUUCUUUGCUACAAUGAAGCUAUCAAUUACGUAAUGCCGGACACCAAGCAUCUUGGAGGAGAGGAAAUGGAUUCCAUCAAAGGAGACGGGGAGUCCUACAUUCAAACAGAUGAACCUGCCAGUGAGAAAGAGGGUGAAGGUGGGGGCGAGGAGGACAACGCAUCCACAGAGUCCCUGUCAGAUGAUGAGAUGGAGCUGUACAUGCAGAGUCUGAGAGCUGCACAGAAGCAACGAAACAAGGACUUGAGUCUUGGGAAACGGCCCUCGAUAAGUAGAAGAGGCAGCAGGCCGUCCAUGCCAUCCAUCAGUGAGUCUGUGGAUGAGGCAAGCAACCAGGAUGAUCAGCCAGACACAGAGACUGUGGAGCAUCGUUCUACAAGUAAAUUGCCCCUUGUGGAGGGAGGGCAGGAUAGCACCAGGAGCAAUGUCAUGUGGUGGAGAGAAACAUUUUCUUGGCAUAAUCUCUCAAAAGCACUGUUAUACACCGUCCUGUUUGUGGUGUUCUUUUUUGCUGCUUACCAUUAUGACUUUCUGGCCUGUUUCGGUCUUUACUUGUUAUCUGUGAUGUGGCUGGUUUGUCAGGGAUGAAAGGAAACAAUAGAACAGGUUGAGACCUGUGAUAAAAAGUGAUCCACAAUUAAGUUUCAUUAUUUUUCAUUAUGCCUCAUCUGAGAGUACAUGAACUCGCAAAUGUAGAUGUCAAAUGUAUACAAUGAUGGGUGUGUAGCGUACUGCAGAGUAUAAUGUAAACGUUGACCCAAAAUAAAGACGUUAAAGUCAGUAUAUGCAUUGUUCUAUCCAAAUUCGAUCAAGAAAUACUGUAUAUAUUUAUAUUUUUUAGAAUAUUCUUAUUAAAAUUAUAUUAACAGGCGAGUGUGUUAUCCUUUAAUUAGCUAUACUCUUAUGAGCGUCACCUAGUUCAAGGCAGACCCUUUUUCAGUUCAAUAGAGCACACAAUAAUAUUAUUUAUCUAAUAGAAUGUUACGUGCCUUUUCUACACAUUGGCCAUACUAUUGUUGCAUCUUGACAGCAUGUAUGUUAUUUGAACACAAAAUAGUUCAAAACCUUGCGUUUAAAUAACAUACCCAGUUACAAGGCUGUGGACCAUUGCUUAGAUGGAUUAUUGUUAAUAACUUUUAUUGCAUUAUUGUAUUUGGUGUACAUUAAACAGAUUUUAAAACAGUCUAAAUUAGAUUUAUUUUGUACCAGAUGCCUCCAGAUUCAUAAUAUCAAUGUACAGUAUGUUAUUACUCUGUUAUUUAAUAAAUAAAU